AUGUCUGCACAGCCUCAGAUCCCCUAUCCCGUCUCUCAGACAGACAAACGACCCUCGCAGUCUCCACACUCGUCCUCACUCUCCCCAGACGCUCUUAAACGGACAAACAACCCUUCUUACAGCUUGGACUCUACCAUCUCCGCAAAUCCUACCACCAACAGCGCCUACAGCGGCACAGCGACAGACGCGAUGAUUGGCCCAUCUGCCCCCUGGGACCCCAACAACCCUACAGUACCCUCCUAUCCAUCUGAAGAGACAUAUCUCGCUCGAUAUCACAGUCAAGCUUACCAUGACCGAAAUGCUGAUGAAUCCCGGAAUUCGACGUCUACUGGACCGUAUAGCACAGCGAUGUACGCGCUCUCCCCAGAAUCGUUGCACUCGAACGGUUCUCCUCAAGCCAUGGGAGCCAACAUCCCCCACCAACAACAACAACCCUAUUACACGACUCCGG